AUGGGUAUUGGUCAACAGCUUUUGCAAGCCCUCGAAACCUCAUCGAUAAAAGACCACGCUACUAUCACCGCAGCUUGGCAUCAAGACUUCUGUGAAUUGCUGAUAUCACAGGGAGCUGGCCGUCUCCGCUCUCUGGUGUCGUGGAUUCCCAUAGACUUCCCAAAAGCACCGGUCUUAACCCAAUACAUCAUUCCAUUGACCUCUCAGUCGAGAGACUUGCUUGAGUUCCCCGACAUGCAGUUCCCAUCUCAGCCAGAUAUCCCCAAACUGGCACAAUUAUGCAAGGAGCUUUUUAUUUGGGGACAUCCAAUGGGUAUUGUGCAGAACUUCAGCGACCACGUCUUUCCUGGCCUAGCCAUACGGGAACUGAUGCAAGAUCUGUGUAAGCAACGGGGAUUGAUACCAGACAGCAACAACCAACUAUCCCCUCAUGCUGUGAUUGCUAAAGCGUGUUCUAUUCGCGCAAAUCAGCGUGAACGCUCAGGGUCUGAGAUCUUUAUAUCACUCAUUAUUCCUUACAAAAUCGUCUCUUCUAUUACUUCUUCGAUUGACGGAAAAUAUGAUACUGAUGCAUCCAGGGCCAAGUUUAAGCAGUGGCUGAAUAAAUCCACUGUCCGAGUAUGGCUUUCUCGAGUGUUGACACUCCAUGUACGACCAAGUAUUUUGGACCACAUCGAACGUCAGGCAUCAGCAGCUGCCAAAAAGUGCCAUAUGCUGAAAUCCCGUAAUCAGGCUCAAGGUGCAAAUCGAGUAGAAAACAUUGUCCGUCUUCUUGACAUGGUCAUCAGUGAUGGCACACAAGAGCUAAUGCCGCCACCUCCGCAACCCAGAGCAUUAACGGCAAGGGGCCAGUCCUACCCAACCUCUAUUGACAAUAUAAUUGGUGGAGGGAAUAUAAAGUUACCAAAAAAUUUAUCACGAGAAUCUUCAGUUAUUGAAAUACCUAGUGACGAGGAUAACAAGCCCAAGUCAAUGCAUAAUCACCCAGAAAUCCCUGUCGACAAAGGUUUACGGGAUUCUUCGGUUAUCGAGAUAUCUAGCGACGAGGAUAACGAACCAAAUUCAAUGCAUAAAAACCUGGAAACUGUUCUCGAAAAACAUUCACGGGAUUCUUCUUCGGUUGUCGAAAUUUCUAGCGAUGAGGAUAACAAGAGAGUGACAGAACCUGUGAAGAGGAAGCGCCAGAGGCGUACAGUAUCCCCGAAAUACCACAUUGAGGAAAAGGGUGCAGUAUUGGAGUUUUUCACUGAUGACGAGGACAGUAUUUAA